AUGAAUAUUCGGUCGGCUGCACCAACGCGGAGAGACACUGGAAAUCUCCCAAAGUUCACCAGUGUGUCGUUGACGGCCACAUUCUCCUCAAAUUUGCGGACUUGUGCACUUGGUGGUGAUAAAACCAAUAUAGAGAAUCCAACGUCGUCUUCCACCAGUCAAUUCAUGUCAAAUACUCCUCCUAUAUGUGCGGUCUUUCUUCCUGUCAUGGAAGAAGAAAAUAUUGUUAUGUUGGUAGAGGCUUUUCCCAAUCUGGGGAAAAUUAAAUUAGAAUCCGCUCUUAUGACCGAUGAUGUCCUUAAGGCUGAGUUAUUAUCUGUGGAUAUUUUGGGAAGAGAACUUUCUUAUGACCAGUUGAAGCGUGUUCCAAGCCGCAUGGGCAAAAUGCAAGUCAUCAAGGUGGGCGACGUUUAUGCCUUGGUGGAAACCAAUUCCAUCUUCGACGGAAGAAGGUUCCGAUGCCGUCUGACAAGCCGCAACAAGUUGAAAUUCUGA